ACGUGAUGACGGUUUCCGAGCUGAUUGGUUGCACAACAUGACAGCCAACUAUACAGCUGAGCAUCCCUGGCCCCAACAGCGUGAUUGUCCUCGACAACUGUUCCACUCACAAGAGUGACGCUUUACGGGAAGCUGUAGAGGCAUCUGGUUUGCUAAAUGCUACUUUGCUUCGCCUGCAAGUCUGACACAUUCGUAGGUUGCUUACUUGUUUUUCUACCACCAUACUCCCCAGACUUCAAUCCGAUCGAGGAGAGCUUCAGUUGCUGUAUGUUCGGACAUGUUUCAUUUCAUUCUGUCACUCACACUUUCUCUAUAGUGAAGAAGUGGCUUCGAAGGCAUUGGAGGGAACUCCGACACAGCCAAUUCCCUGAGCAGGACCUUCGUGAAGCUUGCUUCAGGGCUGUGAAUGCCGAAAAUGCGCGAGGCUGGUAUAGGCAUAGUGGCUAUCUCAGAUCUGUAGUACGAUGGAUGUAUUAACUGUGGUGUGGGCAAUAUUACUACGUGGAGUAGAGUGGACAAUAGCUGCAUGUAUGGGGUAUGGAU